AAUUUUGCAGGUCUUAAUCAAGGUUGACAAUGGCAAUCAUCUCCUGACCUCUCCUCGCCUCCCCUCAUCUCCUCGCUAUCCAAAGCAUAUUCCCUUCCGAAUUCCCUUCUCCUUGUCUGUUUUCCCGGGAGAAUGCUGCAGAAGACGUUGUUUGCUUUGCUGUCCUUUUGAUCUAGCUUGUCUUCGCCAUGGCUUUUCUCGUUCGUUCUCCGGAAAUAUCCACCGUCUUCGCUAGGAUUUUCGCCGACCCGAAUCCGAAUUCGAAACCUAAUCCUAACCCUAAAUCUCUGAGGAGGGUUGCGGUUUCUGCGGCUGAUACGAGAAACUGGUUGGGUUCUAAGGCUAGUGUAGGUGUCGAGGAUCAAAAGGCGGGGUUGUUCGGACAGUCAUCGGCUCUGGUGAAGGAAAGCUACAAAAGGAGCAGUGAGGAAGAAGAGAAGCAGAACUACUAUGCCAACUUGGGCGACGCUAUUCGUACUCUCAGAGAAGAGUUUCCCGAUCUCUUCUACAGAGAGCUCAGUUUUGAUAUCUACAGGGAUGACAUUGUGUUCAGAGACCCGAUGAACACUUUCAUGGGCGUCGAGAACUACAAGUCGAUAUUCUGGUCAUUACGUUUCCAUGGCAGGAUCUUCUUCCGUGCUCUCCGGGUUGACAUCAUCAGCAUCUGGCAACCUGCAGAAAACACACUGAUGAUACGGUGGACUGCCCAUGGAAUACCUCGUGUUCCAUGGGAGAGCCAUGGAAGGUUUGAUGGCACUUCAGAGUACAAAUUCGACAAGAACGGGAAGAUCUACGAACACAAGGUUGACAAUAUCGCCCUCAACUCGCCUCCAAAGUUCCACAUGCUCACAGUCCAGGAGCUAUUUGAAGCCGUGACCUGUCCUUCAACUCCGAAGCCAACAUACUUCGAGAUUUCUUCUUCAACCUUGGAAACAUCCUAUACUGCUACCAGAAGCUCUUUCCCGUGUAAGUGAUAUGGAGUGCCCGAGAUUCUUGGGUAGACUUUCUGUAUAUAGCUUCACGUGUGUAACAUAGAGAAAGAAAAGUGCCCAUUUUGUUUAAUUCCUCAGUUUUAAGGAAAAAAUAAAAUCACCAGUUUGCUCUCA